AUGAGGAGCCAAGGCAAACAAGGAGGAAGGGUGACCAGAGCUCUCAAAGAGCACAGAGCCAGGCUCUACAUCAUCCGUCGGUGCAUCGUCAUGCUCCUUUGCUGGCAUGACUGA